AUGCUGCCAGCCUUGGUGUUCCAUAUUGAGUGCAAAAUCCCCGCUCCAAAAAGGAAGAAGCCGGCAGGAGGCAGAGAUUCAGACAGGUAUGGGUUCUCCCGUCGAUCCUCGCAAGUUAGGAAAGAGCUGACUGAGAAACCUAGCGAACGUGGUGAUGUGACCGAGGAUCGAUCUCCCGCACCCGUCGGGCAAUCCAACACUUUCUCGGCAAGGCCAGCAGUAUACCACUCGUCUGAAGGCACCCCGACCACGACCUUAACGGAAGCACAGGCUAGGAAAGAAGAAGUCGAUAAUGGCACCUACGUGGACCUUGUCAUGAAACCCAAGUUCACCAGAGCGCCCAUCACCGAAGCUGGCCGAGUAGCCUUCCUCGGGGAAUCCUCUAACCUCACACUCCUAGUCCAUGAUCGACAAGGGUCUUCAGAUGUCGUGCAUUAUCCUCUACCUGAUAAUGUGAGAGGGUCGAGGGCCAGGCUGACUGAGCUGGAUAACAUCGAGAUUGAUAUCCUUCAUCAGCGCGGGGCCUUCCUUCUGCCUCCUCGAGCGUUAUGCGACGAACUAAUCGAUGCCUAUUUCCGAUGGGUUCACCCUAUCGUUCCAGUGGUCAACAGAUCUCGCUUCAUGAAACAGUAUCGGGACUCGAAGAAUCCACCAUCCCUACUAUUGCUACAAGCGAUACUUCUAGCUGGCUCACGUGUUUGUUCCAAUCCACAACUGAUGGACGCAAACGGUUCAACGACACCUGCCGCUUUGACUUUCUACAAAAGAGCAAAGGCGCUGUAUGAUGCAAACUACGAGGACGAUCGCGUUACCAUUGUUCAGUCUCUGAUUUUGAUGGGCUGGUACUGGGAAGGUCCGGAAGAUGUCACAAAAAACGUCUUCUAUUGGAGUCGUGUUGCGACCAUUGUUGCGCAGGGGUCAGGCAUGCACAGAACAGUGGAGGAUUCGCAACUCAGCAAGACGGAUAAGAGGCUCUGGAAGCGUAUUUGGUGGGUUCUCUUUACUCGUGACCGCUCUGUUGCGGUUGCUCUGGGCCGUCCGGUACACAUCAACCUUGACGACUCCGACGUUGAAAUGCUAUCGGAGGAUGAUUUCAUUGAGGAUGAGGGUGAUUACCCAAGCGCGUACCCGCCGGAUCCCAUCCAUGUUCAAUUCUUCUUGCAGUAUGUUAAGCUUUGUGAGAUCAUGGGUUUGGUCCUUUCUCAGCAAUAUUCCGUCGCAUCCAAGGGUCGCCAACAUAACGCAAUCGACCUAACCCACAGCGAUAUGACUUUGGCGGAUUGGUUGCAGAACUGCCCCAAGAACGUCUACUGGGAAAUGCCGCGACAUCACUUUUGGAGUGCUCUUCUGCAUGCCAACUACUAUACCACUCUUUGCCUGCUGCAUCGGGCUCACAUGCCUCCGAACAGCCACUAUGCCAAUAGGUUUCCGGACGACUCUUCAUACCCGUCACGGAACAUUGCCUUUCAAGCCGCAGGUAUGAUUACAUCAAUCAUUGAGAACUUAUCGGCCCAUGACGAGUUACGCUAUUGUCCGGCGUUUAUCAACUACAGUUUGUUUUCGGCUCUCAUUAUGCACGUCUAUCAGAUGAGAUCACCUGUCCCUUCAAUCCAACAGGUCACACAUGACAGGAUCAGAACCUGCAUGGCUGCCCUGAAAGAGGUUUCUAGGGUAUGGCUAGUGGGCAAGAUGGUAUACACUUUGUUUGAAGCGAUUCUCGGGAAUAGGACGUACGAGGAAAGACUUCAAAAGGCUGCGGGGAAGCGGCAUCACAAGAGAGUGCAACAGACUAUGGCACAGUUGCAGCAGCACCAUGAUGCACAACAAGCACAACAACAACAAGCGCAGCAACAAGCACAGCAGCAGCAGCAGCAGCAACAGCAACAAGCACAACAGCAGCAGCAGCAGCAGCAGCAGCAGCAACAACACCAACAACAGCAACAGCAACAUCAUCAGAGAGGACAAGAAGCGGCGAAGAGAAAGUACGACGAAAUGGCCAUUGACUUCAGUGUCAACACCCCUACGCCGCAAGAAUCAUACGAACGGUCGCGGCCACAGACUCCUGCCCACACAGGCAACGACCAAGGGCAGCGUCCAAUGGGACCGCCUGGUGUAGCGUCCCCACAUGUUCGAUCCGGAGAUACUUUUAUGGGCGGCAGUAACAGUCGGCCACAUACGAGACCGGCGACACCGUUCAACCCAUCUUUCUCCGUACCAGCUACACCCCCUGACCUGUAUUUGGUCACGAGAAACUCACCGAACUUGUCACAGUCGAUAUGGGAAAACUUCCAACCCGAUCAACUAUUCCCUGAGAACACAAUGGUUCCGCAGUUUCCACAAAUGUCACCGCCACAAGGCAGCCAGAACCUUGAUCCCAAUCUCAUGGCACAGUUUCAAAACAUGCCUGGAAGCGCGCCGAUGCAGAACCAGCAUGCGAAUGCACAAUUCCAGCAGCCGCGUCCACCACCUACGUCAAAUACCAGAGGACCGAGCGGCAGUCCACACCAGCAACAUAGUAACAGUCUGUUGAACCCCAACAUGCUUCAAUUCCAAAGCCAGCCAGGCAAUAUGUGGCAAGGGUCAGGAGUCGAUGGGCUACCGGAUGGCCAUAGCCCGAGUGAUAGUUGGAGUACAGGAUCUGCAGCCGGUCAGCCAGUGCCAGCCACUCUGAACGUAGAAGAUUGGUUUCAAUUUUUCGGCAUCAACGGCAAUGAUGUAAACUUGGCAAACCUGGGAGAUACUUUGGGACUUCACAGUAACACAUAG